GGAUGGAUUAUCAGUGAUUGAGACACGCGGUAGCAAUAAUAUGCGAUGCCUUGACGACAACGAAACGCAUUUUGCACCAUAUAUAAACGCUUUUAACAGUUGGAACCCGAAGAUAAGGAAGGGAACCCGCCAAGAACUUUCAAUCGGUCAACAAACUGGUUCGAAGGCGAUUUAAACACACGCUAGUCAGUAAUUUCUAGCAAUGCGAUUUGUGUAGUGAGGAUUUGUAUGGUGCAGUUUUUUAUUUGUGUUCGAUUUGUUAGUGAAAGUGAAAAAUAAUGGGAAGCAGCCAAUCUGCCUUGAACUUUGGAGCUGGACCUGCUAAAUUACCUAGAGAAGUCCUUGCGGAAGUCCAAGAUGAAAUUCUCUCUUAUCAGAACACAGGCAUGAGUCUGAUGGAAAUGAGUCAUCGGUCCAAAGAGUAUGGAAAAAUCAACAAAAGCGCUCAGGACAGCAUUAGGGAGCUGCUAAAAGUUCCCGAUAACUACAAGAUCCUGUUUAUCCAGGGUGGAGGCCUGGGAGCUUUCGCAGCAGUGGCAAUGAAUUUUAUGAGCCGCACUGGAAAGGCUGAUUACGCUGUAACGGGCACUUGGUCGGGAAAAGCGGCCAAAGAGGCUGAAAAGUAUGGCGAUGUUAACUUGGUCUUUCCAAAACUCGAAAAACCUGGCAGUAUUCCGGAUCAGAGCACCUGGACCCUCCGUCCAGAUGCUUCCUACUUUUACUACUGCGACAAUGAAACGGUUGAUGGAGUCGAGUUUCCUUAUAUCCCGGAAACAAAUGGAGUUCCCAUUGUAGUGGACAUGUCUUCCAAUAUUAUGACUCGAAAAGUGGAGGUAUCCAAGUUCGGUUGCAUAUUUGGAGGCGCCCAGAAAAACAUCGGCCCUGCAGGAGUUGUGGUUGUUAUAGUGCGGGAUGAUCUGUUGGGAGCCGCAAUGAAAGUUUGCCCUACUGUAUUCAACUUCACCCUAGUCCACAAGGACAACUCCGUCCUAAAUACGCCUGCCACCUUUUCGGUUUAUGUCAUGGAAAAGGUGCUCCAGUGGAUCAAACAGCAUGGAGGAGUGGAAAACAUGGAGACUCAAUCGGGCAGGAAAAGCGGUCUUUUGUACGAAACCAUCAAGACUUCGGGGAAUUUCUACAGCUGUCCUAUUAAUGAAAAUUGCCGCAGUAGAAUAAACGUGCCCUUUAGAGUGGGAGGUCCGCAAGGCGAUGAGGAUUUGGAGGCGAAAUUCCUGGAAGAAGCGGAAAAGAGGUACAUGUACCAACUGAAAGGCCAUCGAUCAGUAGGAGGAAUCAGAGCCAGUCUAUACAACGCCAUUACUUUUGAAGAUGUGGCUCUUUUGGUGAAGUUCAUGAAAGAAUUCCAGGCGCAGCACCAAAAGUGAACCUGCUCCAAAUAAUCUUGUAAAUUUCCAUUCCAUUAAUCGCUCGAUAUAUUUUUGUACUAAAACUAUUUCAAAAUAAAACACUGCCAAUAAGAAGAAA